AUGGCGAGGCGGCGUUGCUGGAGCUGGAGGAGGUGGUGCACGGCAGAGAAGAAUGAGGGUGUCCUCACAGAUGAGGGACUCAAAGGUGGCUUCAGUGUGGAACUCAUUCACAGAAACUCUCCACAGUCACCAUUCUACGACCCCACCGAAACCCCUUUUCAGCAACUUCACAAUGCUUUUCACCGCUCCAUUAACCGUGUGAACAAUUUCUACCCCAAAUCCAAAGCUUCCCAAAUGACACCACUGUCUGAGAUAAUCGCCAACAGUGGUGCUUACCUUAUGAGGUACUCGAUCGGAACGCCACCGUUUGAAGUGAUGGGGUUUGUUGACACGGGUAGUGACCUUGUUUGGUUACAAUGCAACCCUUGCAAAGGGUGUUCCAACCAAACCACCCCAUUUUUCGACCCUUCCAAAUCCUCAACAUACAAACCCAUCUCUUGCGAUUCUAAGGAGUGUGACUCAUUGUUAACAUCGCACGAAAACUUGUGCCACUCCAAGGAUGAUCCCAAUUGCAAGUACCGUAUCAUAUACGAUGAUCAAACAUUUACAAAAGGAACUCUAGCAUUUGAAACACUCACGUUCAGCUCUAUUACAGGUUGGCAACUUCACAAUGCUUUUCACCGCUCCAUUAACCGUGUGAACAAUUUCUACCCCAAAUCCAAAGCUUCCCAAAUGACACCACUGUCUGAGAUAAUCGCCAACAGUGGUGCUUACCUUAUGAGGUACUCGAUCGGAACGCCACCGUUUGAAGUGAUGGGGUUUGUUGACACGGGUAGUGACCUUGUUUGGUUACAAUGCAACCCUUGCAAAGGGUGUUCCAACCAAACCACCCCAUUUUUCGACCCUUCCAAAUCCUCAACAUACAAACCCAUCUCUUGCGAUUCUAAGGAGUGUGACUCAUUGUUAACAUCGCACGAAAACUUGUGCCACUCCAAGGAUGAUCCCAAUUGCAAGUACCGUAUCAUAUACGAUGAUCAAACAUUUACAAAAGGAACUCUAGCAUUUGAAACACUCACGUUCAGCUCUAUUACAGGUUCCUCUGUUGCAUUUCCCAAGUUUCCCAUUGGUUGUGACCAAGCUCGUAAAUUUUACUCUAAUAGGUUUGGUGUAGUUGGGCUAGGAAAGGGUGGUGUUUCACUUAUCACCCAAAUGGGUCCUUCAAUUGAUUUCAAAUUCUCCUAUUGCUUACCAUAUUUUAAAUCAAAAGGCACAAGUAAAUUAAAUUUUGGAAUAAAUGCUGUGGUGGCUGGCCCUGGAACAGUUUCUACUCCAUUGAAACAAGGUUCACUCGAUACUCUUUAUUUCCUUAAAUUGGAGGGAAUGAGUGUUGGGUCCAAACGAAUAGAGUUUGUAGAUAAUUCAACCUCAAUUGAUGCUAACGGUAAUGCGGUAAUCGACUCUGGAACAACAUUGACCUUUAUGGAAGACAAUUUUUACGCCAAAUUGGAGCCAGAAGUGAUGGCACAAAUCAAACUAGAACGUGUUCAAAGCCCAAAAAGAUAUUUCAGCCUUUGUUACAAGUCUCCAGCAAAUAAUGAAACUGGGAUUCCAUUUAUCACAGCACAUUUUGCUGGUGCGGACGUUGUGUUGAAUCCUUCUAGCACUUUUAUUGAAGUUAAAGAUAAUGUAAUAUGCUUUACUAUUGUGCGCUUGCCAAUACCCGGUAUCAUCUUUGGAAACUUAGCGCAGAUGAACUAUUUGAUUGGAUUUGAUUUGGUGAAGAAGACUGUGUCCUUUAAGCCCACUGAUUGCACCAAGAUGUAA